UAGAAUAACAGUGGUCCAAAUCCACUAUUUUCAAAAUAGCCGCUCUUUAUUUAAAACGAUAAGGAUAAUGUCUAUCCUUCCAUAUAAAAAUGGUCUAUCUCCCUAAUGUGAUUUUUUACCAAAAUAUGGCGAUACUUGAUCAUAAAAAGGGUGUCAAAACAGAAAAUAGUCCGUAUAAAAAUGAAACAAGUCCAAGUAUGCGUCAAUGUCAGUAUAACAAUGGUACAUGUCAGGAGUCAGACCACUUUCAUUCUGAAACUUGUUGUUUGUAUGUUUACAUAAAAGUUGUUUCAGCGCGAAAUAAUCAUUUUUUCGUGAUGGAUAGUGAAAAUGCUGACGAAUUUCCUGAUUUUAGUGACUUUGGGUCCGAAUAUUGUCCAAGUUCGAACAAUAAUUCAUCUGGUUCCGAAGAAAAUGAUCCAGCUACUGCCUCCAGUGAUGAUCCACUCUUACAAAUUCAAAUAAGACCAGAUGAACAGAUUGCCGAAAAUCCUCAAUUAUUAUAA